AUGGCAACGCACCACCUACACACCGAGGUUGUGCCCGGCACCGUCCACUUGGUGGAUUUGGCGGGCACCCUCCGCGUCAAGCAUCAGGAGGGCGGCGAUAAGGAGAUUGUGUUGCUACCCCAGCCCACGGCAGAGUACGACGACCCGCUCAACUGGAGCCGCCGGCGGAAGCUGCUGUCGGUCAUCGUCGGCCUCAUCGCCGUCUUCUCGGCCGACAUCAUGACCACCUUGCUGUCGGCGGCACUGCUGGAUAUUGAGAGCGAGACGGGCAUCCCGCUGGCCACGCUUAACCAGGGCGUCGGCGUCCAGUAUCUGCUAUUUGGCUGGAGUUGUCUAUUCUGGCAACCCCUAGGGCUCACUAUCGGCCGCCGGCCUACCCUACUAAUAGGCGCGCUCGGUAUGCUAGCCUGCUCCGUCUGGACCUCGUAUGUGCGCUCGUCGGGCGAGUGGUACGCCAACCGCUUUCUAAUCGGCUUCUUCUACGGCCCAAUCGAGACGAUGAUCGAGGUCUGUAUUUCCGACGUCUUCUUCGCCCACGACCGCGGCUUCUGGAUCGGCAUGUACUGCUGGAUCCUAUUCGGCAUCCCCUUCCUUGGCGCCGUGCCCGCCGGCUUCAUCGCUGAGAACCUAGGCUGGCAGUGGAUCCAGUUCAUCGCCUCUAUAAUCGCCGCCGGCUGUAUCCUGAUCAUGUUCUUCCUCAUGGAAGAGACCAUGUUCUACCGCCCCCCGGCCCAGGAGGAGGCUAUGGACGUUGACCUGGCCGAGAGCACUACUGACAAGGACUCAAGCGAGGGCCCCGUCGACGAGAAGCAAGUCGCCGCGCCUAGUACCCAGCCCGCCGUCGUCGAGGUCGGCCAGAUCGUGACCAAGAAGACGUACCUACAGAAGCUCAAGUUGUGGGGGUCUCGCCGCCCGGGCCAGCCUAAUCACUUCUUCCGGUCUAUGUGGAUGCCCUUCAACCUAUUACGCUACCCUAUCAUCGCCUUCUCCGGCGUCCUGGUCGGCUCCGUGCUAUCGUGGUUCAACGUGGUCAAUGCUACUGCCGCCCUGGUGCUGGCGUCACCCCCGUAUAACUUCCCUACCAACAUGAUCGGCGUCAUGUUUAUUGCCCCCUUUAUCGGCUGCACUAUCGGCUGCGUCUUCGCCGGUAUCUCGGCGAACCGCUUCGCCGUGUGGAUGUCGCGCCGUAAGGGCGGCAUCUUCGAGCCUGAGUACCGCCUAUGGAUGGCCGUGGUGCCCUUCCUGCUCCACCCAGCGGGGUGUAUCUUAUUCGGCGUGGGCGCGAGCCACGGCGUCCACUGGAUGGGCAUUGCCUUUGGUCUAGCCUUCAUCGUCGGCACAUUCCCUAUCGGCAGCGCUAUCGCCAUCAACUAUAUUAUCGACUCCUACCGCGAGAUCUCGGGCGACGGCCUGGUAACUAUGAUCUGCAUCCGCAACGCCAUGGGUUUCGGCUUCAGCUACGCGGUGACCCCGUGGAUCACCGCCUCGGGCGUGCAAAACACCUACAUCGCAGUCGGCUUCAUCGGCAUGUUCUUCUGGGGUCUGUGCUUCCUCUUUGUGCUGGUGGGCAAGGGCACCCGCAGGGCCUCUGCUAAAUCUUUCUGGGCCUUGGUCGAGAAGCACGGCUUGACUGCUCACUAG